GUCAAAGGCAACAUGAUCCAGCGAGAGAGGAAGGAAAGAAGUGAAACGCCACCAGUCCCACCCAGACCGACCUGAAGAGGAGAUGAAGAAACAUCAGCAUAUGACAGAAUAAAACUUAAAGGAACUGGAGAUAAACAGGAUAACAAAGACAUGACGUCUGUAGAGAAAAAAGCACAACCUGCAAAAACUCCACUCAUGCCUCCUAGACCAUCAGAAGAGGGGAUGAAGCAGAGAAAGAGCCAUCAGAGCCAGUCAGAUGAUGAGGGCCUCAAAGAUGACAAAUCUGCUGAAACCAGGGAGGGAGACAAGACUAAGGUGAAAAAACACAAGCAUCACAAUCCGUUUAUGCCACGCCCUGCAGCCAAGGCUCAAUCUGAUGAUGAAGGGCUGAAAGAAGAAGAAGGGGAUGAGUCCUCAGCCAAAGAAAAGAAAGAAGAUGAAAACGAGGACAAAGCAGAGACCAAAGUCAAGAAACCUAAGAGACACAAUCCCUUCAUGCCCGACCCAAGAUCGGCACAGGACGGAGCCGCAGAGAAUGAAGGUCCUAGGAGGACUUUGUUUGACCAGCUGGAGGACUACCGCAUUAACUCUGCACAGCCUGAAAACAAUGAGGAUAUGGAAAAUCUCAUGGAGUGGUGGAACACGGUGGAGUCAUGGGAAGACACGCCACAAAUUGAUGACAUGACAGAAAAAGAGGAAGCCAAGGCGUUUGCUGUGACGGCUGAGAAGCUGCAGAAGGGCAUCCGUGUCUUUAAUAAGCUGUUCUCAGAACGUGCAGAGAGUCUGUGGCAGCAUGUCAUCGACCUCAACUCCAUCGCUGAUGGCCUGGACAAGUUCAACAAGAACACGAAGAUUGCUCAGAUCACUGGCGGCUCCACCAGCGCCAUUGGGGGUGUGGCCACCAUCGCUGGCCUGGCUCUGGCCCCUGUCACUAUGGGUACUUCACUGAUAGUGACAGCAGUGGGCCUUGGGGUUGCCACAGCGGGUGGUCUGACCUCAGCAGGAGCUGGCAUCUCCAACCAGGUCAACAAUUCAAUGGACCGUAAGAAGGUGGAGAAGAUAGUGGAAGAUUACCAGGAGAAGAUGAUCGACUUGAACAAGUGUCUCAAAUUUAUCAAGCAGGGUAUCGAAAAUCUGCGCAGGUUCGACCUGAUUAAGAUGAGGAAACACGCCUAUAACCGGGACUUUCCUGCGCUCACUGCCAGCUUUUAUGAGGAUGGCGCCAUGGUAGGAAAGGCAAUCCUCAUCAACGCCAAUGAGAUCAUGCGUGUGGUGCAGAUCGCCAAUGUUGCAGGUAGCACAGCAGCCAGGGCUGUUCAGAUCGCCAGUAUGGCCACUGGUGUGCUCACUGGACUCUUCGUAGGUAUGGACAUCUACUUCGUAGCCAAAGACUCUAAAGAACUUAAGAAAGGUGCAAAGUCAGAGUUUGCUGCCAAAAUCAGGGAAGUGGCUACACAGCUGCAUGAGGGUCUGGUGGAGCUCAACAGCAUCCGAGAGGAGCUCCAGGCCACCACAACGCCAGAAAACGAGGACCAGGCUCCAGACAAAGACAAGAAAGACAAAGAGGACAAAUAUGACAGUUCAGAAGAAGAUGAAAUCGACCGCAUUAAAAAAGCCAUCAAAAAGGACAUAGAGAGCAGAGAAUAUGUUUGAACAAAAGCUUAACUGGAAAAGGCCUUAAACUGUGCUGCAUUGUAUUGUCAAGGUUUCAAGGGAACAUUCAGACAGUCACAUCCCCGAGCAAAAUGUUUUCCCUCAUGUCUGAAAAUACCUGAAAACUGAUGCAUUUUUAACAAUUAUAUUCAUUUAGAAAGGAUCACAUAGGAUAAGGUGAUUUUUAACCGAUUAGUUCAUAUGUGUUGACAUAGAUAGUUUGUAAACCUACUAGACAUUUUAUUUAGGGAGAUGUCUUCCUGAAUCUGAUCAGCAUUACACUACUGGAAGUAACUGUGGUAGAAAAGGUUUCAUAUCUGCUUCUCUGGUGACUGUUCCAAAGAGGAAAACUGCCAUGUUGUGUUUGUGGACAGAGAUUUAAACAAAUACUACUGAUGAGAUAUGAAAAGUAGAGUUUCUUCUAGACUUAAAAGUGAGUUAUAUUGAAACACUCUGACUUUUACUGACCUGGUUUAAAUACGAACUGCACAUAAAGGGGAUAUGGUGGAGUGCCUUUUUUUUUUUUUUUAAUGAUGAUGCCUUAUAGAUACAGUACGAUGCAUUAUAGCAUUAGGUUGUUUCCACAUGUUGUUUUUCUGUGUUUCAUGGCUGAUUAACCAAAUCUUUCCUCCAUGACCUCACCUUUAGAGUUAGGAAAUGUUAACUGCUAUGAGAUAUGCUUCAAUGAAGAUCUUGAUCUGACAGUUAAAGUAGAUAGUGUUUUUUUUUUAAAUCUAAAUAAAAUGACAAGUGGCAGAAAAAUUAACCAGUAGAAAAAAAUAGGCUUUAAUUCCACUUUAUUAGUUCUAUGCUGUGAUAAUUAAUUGGAAAAGUUGUAUUUAUAUUCUGUCCUACCAGGUGUUUUCUGUAGUUCAGAUGGGAAAAUAUUUGUUAUUAUACGAAGGAACAUAAAUCUCUCUAAAUAUAUAAAGCUAUAACACUAAAAGACAAAGCAAAUCUCAAAGAUAAGAACCAGCAGGAGUUUGUCAAGCUGUUUCUCAUUUCCUUUCCUCAGAUCACUAUUUUGUAGAUUUGAUAAGUCUGCACACUCUGAGAUUUGUUUAACAAACCUCUUAUUUAUUUUUCACGUCUGUUCCGGGUGGGUUUAUUUAUUCAGUUAUAUGUGCAAUAUUAAAAUAUAUCGGCCAUAGACCUCUGUUUAAUAAAUGUAAAUGGGAAACUAUUGUUAAAGGUCAAAGACAUAUUUUGCCAAUCUAUGCAAUUUUAAAGGCCUUUGUUGCAGGUGAGGAAACACUACGUUUACCUGUGCUCCUUCUGUGCGCUGCUGAAGUGGUGUUUGCUUAGUUGAUAACCUGGGUAAACUUGUUCAGCAAAUUGUCCUUCAGCCUGUCUCCUUAAAAUUUUCAUGACUAAUGUAGACCUACAUGGAGGUUGUUGCCAUAAUAAAUGAUUUCAAACUUUUAAUGUUUUACCAGUUAUGAGAGAAGGGUUCACUUUUUUUAAUGUUAGUGUUGUAUAAAAUUGGAAAAAAAAAAAUCAAUAAAAAUAU